AUGUUGGCUCUUCGCCUUGUCUCCUCUUCCCGAAGCGGAGUCCGCCACUGGUCGGCUUUCACCUGGUUGAGCCGAGGCCUCACAGAGACGGUAAGCCCGAAGACCGGGCGCUUGAAACCGAACCUCCACCGGCUCCCCGAAAGCGAGUGGAUCCUCGUGGAAGAAGGCAUUCCUGGCCCAGGAGCACUUCGAAGCUUUGCAGAAGCUCGAGAAAUGCUACGGCGGAAGCACGAGACCUUCGAGUCGCCUGAUCGCGAGAAGUACCUGUUGCAGAUGCCCGGCUCGAGCGAAGCCCAAGCGGAGGUGCUGGAGAUGCUGCUUGAGUACCUUCCCCGAAGGUAUCCCAACUGUUUUCGCGUCUCGCACGGUUCCGUCAAGUUUGGGCCAGACACUGUGGUCACGACGUCCGCUCAUGACUGGCACGCAGAGUACCGGGUUGGAGAUUUUGCUAAAUGCCCGAUCGAGCUGGCAUCCCGCCUUGUCUGUGAGGAUCUCGUCGUGCUCCAGGAUGGUGUGGUGUGCGCCGGGUCCGUCAUGUUCAGUUUCAGCAAUUUCCACAAGAGGUUCGGCAAGGACAUGAACCAGCUGCAUGCCAAAGUCCCACAGUAUGGUGCUGAUCUGGAGAAGCCGGUUAAUCGGAUCUUCGCUUCGUUGUCGCCGGAUCGUCCGCUUUGUCGCAGCAACUGGAACAUAUCUUGGAGUGACGACAUCAUGGCCGGGUACAGUCGAUAUCCUCACCGGAACCCGGGAAUCUCAGCCCGAGAGCGAGAAGCGUCCUUGACGAGACUGCGUCAGGCUGUCCUGACUCACGGCUUGGCAGACAGUGCCUGGCUGAAGGUCGAAUAUCAAACAUUGCGCAGACUGCGCCAAAAUUCAUCCUGCAUUCUGUUCACGAUCCGCACCUUCCUCAAUUCGUUCGCCGAUCUUUCCAGCGAGCCUAGUGCAGCAGGAAAUCUACUAUUGAAUCUGCAGCAGCUGCACGGAAGAGAGUUCAGUCAGUACUUGGGUAUCGACGACCCCGGAAUUUACACGUUGGUCGAGGCUUUCGUGAAAGAUGCAAGCUCUCCGCGCCAUGCUGAUUGA